UGCUACAGGCAUGUGUAUGUCUUUAAGAUGAUCCUGGCUUUGUUUCAGUGGGGCAACACCUCCGUCCUAGAAACCAACCUGGUGGAGGAUCUUGGUGCUCCACUUGCAUGAAUCUGAGCCCUUCUCAUCACUUCCACCUACCGCAUUCCACUAACUCCAUCGUCCAUCUCUUUCCCCCACCUCAUUUAAACCACCCCCUCACACCAUUCAUUGCCUUGAUGUACAGUCCACGGUUACCCAGCGCCAUAGGUUUCAGGCCUGGUGUUUUCUUAAAGCUUACUCCACCACCAUAGAACUUCACUUCUUCUUCCACCUAGGGAACAUGGGCAGCCUCGAGACGGAGAAGACGGUCACCGGAUGGGCUGCAAGAGAUUCCAGUGGGAUCUUAUCUCCCUACAGCUACACCUUAAGGAAGACUGGACCAGAAGAUGUGGUGAUCAAGGUGCUCUUCUGUGGUGUCUGCCACACUGAUCUCCACCAGACCAAGAAUGACCUCGGCAUGUCCAAGUAUCCCAUGGUUCCUGGGCAUGAGGUGGUGGGGGAGGUGGUGGAGGUGGGGGCGGAGGUGAGCAAGUUCGAGGUGGCCGACACAGUUGGGGCCGGCGUGAUCGUCGGCUGCUGCCGCGAGUGCGCGCCGUGCAAGGCCGACACCGAGCAGUACUGCAGCAGGAAGAUCUGGUCCUACAACGACGUGUACACCGACGGCCAGCCCACCCAGGGCGGCUUCGCCUCCGCCAUGGUGGUGGAUCAGAAGUUCUUGGUGAAGAUUCCUCCAGGCUUGGCGCCUGAGCAAGCCGCUCCCCUGCUGUGUGCAGGGCUGACGGUCUACAGCCCCAUGAAGCACUUCGGGCUUAUGGAGACCGGGCUGAGGGCCGGAGUUCUGGGCCUGGGCGGCGUCGGCCACAUGGGGGUCAAGUUCGCCAAGGCCAUGGACCACCACGUCACCGUCAUCAGCUCCUCCGACAAGAAACGCGCCGAGGCUGUCGACCACCUCGGCGCCGACUCCUACCUCGUCAGCUCUGACGAGGCCGGCAUGGCCGCCGCCGCCGACACCCUCGACUACAUCAUCGACACCGUACCGGCGUUCCAUCCGCUGGAGCCCUACCUCUCGCUGCUCAAACUGAACGGCAAGCUCAUCCUCUUGGGCGUCAUCAACCAGCCACUGCAGUUCCUCACCCCCAUGGUGAUGCUGGGGAGGAAGUCGAUCACCGGGAGCUUCAUAGGGAGCAUGCAGGAGACUCGAGAGAUGCUGGAGUUCUGCGAGGCCAAGGGGGUGACCUCCAUGAUCGAGGUGGUGAAGAUGGAAUACGCGAACGAGGCCUUCAAGAGACUGGAGCGCAACGACGUGAGAUAUCGCUUCGUCAUCGAUGUGGCCGGCAGCAAUCUCGACCCUUGAGCAAGUCCUGCUGCCGUAUCUUAUGACUUCCUCCUUCCGGUGGAAUUAUAAGUUUGAGAACCAUUGCGAGACCAGUCGGUCCUAUUUGUGCUUUGUGAUAUGGGGUGUGUGUGUGUGUGUGUGUGGCUGUCGUACAAAAUUGUCACAUGUGACAAGUAUAUUUUACUAGCAUCUCAUCUAACGUUUGCAAUUAUCUUUUGGAGUA